AUGUCUCACCAGCAGCGGGUUGUCCAACUCUCCGCCGCUUCUCUCGCCGUGGUCUUCGGGCCGGACGAGGAGAGUUUGCGUGCCGGCGGAGAGAAGCUCAACGCCAAUACUACGACUGGCCAGGAGAUUUUUGUGGACUUCAAGGCGCAAAACUCGCGUAGUUUUUGGAAUAAAAGACUCGUUAAGGCCAUAGCUGAAGUGUACUUUCAGGGAUGGAUGGAAAAUUUUGUGCUUUUCAUUCAAGGAAACGCAAACAACCUGGAGGUGUUGAGAGAAGCGUGGAUGCGCAGAGCUCUGAGGUCACCAAAGGGAUUUAUCAUUAAAGCUGUCGGUGACCUGUCCCCAGUGCAGAUGUCCCCUGUACCCCAGUCCCAGUUCAUUCCCUUGGCUGAGGUGUUGUGCUCAGUUAUCUCAGAUAUGAACUCCUCCGAAAUCACAGUCAACCAGGAAGCACUUAUCAAUUACAUGAGCAAAGCACAUCCAGGGAUAACCAUCCCCACUCAGGACAUCCUUUACAAUGCUCUGGGCAAUCUCAUCAAGGAGCGAAAAAUUUACCACACAGGCGAGGGCUACUUCAUCGUCACGCCUCAGACCUAUUUUAUCACCAACAACAUGGUCCGAGAGAAGAACUGGUGGACUUCUGGUUCAGCAGAUGACCCUCCAUCGCCACCUCCCAUCACUUACCUAUUGAGCAAUGAUGCCUGUGUUGAGAGCACUCAAACUCCCCCUGUGGCACACUGCAAGUCUUGCAGCUGCUUCAGCCCUCUCCAAACAACCGCGAAUAUCGCCUCCACUACUGUAACAGCUACCGUCCCUCCGUCCACUGUCCCAGACCAGCAUUCUGUCUCUGUUUCCAUAAGUGAGUGCACAGGCAAGAGCUUAAAGUGGCCUCGACCAUUAGAUCACAAGCCUACAGUGCAGCAUCAGUCCACCUCCACAGCAGCAGAUUGUCAGGCAAGUGAGAUUAGCAAAACUACAGCAACUACUAAUGCCACUAGCCGUAAAGAAAAAGACACCAAACCAGGGAGGAAGUUUGGUCUCAGUUUGUUCCGAAGGAAUGGAGGUAAAAAAGAGAAGCCAAAGAAGGAGUAUGCAUCAUUCUCAGGUCAGUUCCCUCCAGAGGAGUGGCCAGUAAGAGACGAGGACGACUUGAACAACUUACCCCGUGACCUGGAGCAUGCCAUCAUCAAACGCAUCAACCCUGAACUGACUGUGGAUAAUUUGACACGCCACACAGUCUUAAUGAAGAAGCUGGAAGAGAGGAGGGACAGGGGAAUAGACAGAGUGUUGGACAAGGCUUUGGAUAAAGAUGAUAAAGGAGUAGACAAGGGAAUUUCUACUGAGAUCCUAACAUUCUCAAAAUCUAGGCAUCACUUCUCCCAUAAAGCAGGGGCAGGGAAAAGAUCUGGUCAGAAAGCCUCCCGCAGCAAGAGGAGGGCCCACUCCUCCAAAGAGAAACAGAGGGAAAAGGAGAAGGAGAGGGUUAAGGGUAAAGCUCCCAUAUGUGCGGAUGACUAUCCAGAGAGGGAGGAUUUGACCCCUACUCGGCUCAGAGUGGAAAUCCCUUUUGAUGAACCAGAUCAAGUGGAAGAUGGCGGAGCUGUGGAGGCAAAAGCUCUUUAUAAGAAACGCAUUGAAAACCCUUUCCAGAUUCAUUCAAACAAAGACCCAGCUGAAAUUGUAAUUCCUCCCAACAUCAACAGAGAGCAUCGGAGGCGAGAGGUGAAGGAAGGCAAGGCUUCAGGGUCAGGGAGGAAGGAACGAACAAGUCACCGUUCCAAAUCGUGGGACCCACAUCGAGCCAAAGUGAUCGUAGCAGACAGAGACCAUACAGGAAAAUCCCCUACAUCGGAGGACAGAUAUGACUGUAUCCAUGAGAGGGAUUUUACUGCUGAUCAUCUGCUCCAACCAGACAUGAAGCUCAACAGAGAGCUGCCACUGGACUACAGCUCAGCGUAUCCACAGAGCAGUACGCUACGGAUAGACGACAAGGUUCGGCAUCAGAGGGAAGGAAACAGCAGGGAGACCUGUGAGAGAGAAGGCAAAAAUGGACCAUUUAAAGAGGCAGAAUAUAAGAGUGUACCAGACCACAACCCAGCUAUAGAUGAUGGCUUCUCUAACACCCAACAGUACACCCACACUGAUGCCAUUCUCCCUACCCAUCCCUAUGAGUCUGUCAUAAACUGCUCAUAUGAUCUAGCUCUGCCCUGGCCCAAACCCUCUUUACAGCGGAGGCACUCCCUCAGACUCAACCCACAGAGGGAUGAUAUGGAGAGGCCUGAUGAGCUCUCUUCACACCAUCAGUUCUGUGAAACCACAGUCACCCAAGGACAGAUGGAGCUAAGAACCAUCACUAUCAGUAAUAGAGAGCAAAGGACCAUGGGUCAAGGAGUACCAAUAGCUGACAGCACUCCCUCAAUAUCAGACACGGAUGCCUUUAUAGAGGACGACGAAAAGCUCUAUCAGAGAGCAGUUGAACAGGAGGAUGAAGAUGCCUGCAGCUCCCUGUGUUUGAAUGAGGAAGAGAUUAUUGAUAUGGCAAAGGUUUACCAAACAGAUGUUGUGGACUACCAUCAACCCCAGUCAGUUUACCAUAACUAUGAAUCUGACUUGCAGUAUCAGCGACCCAACAAUCAUUAUUAUAAUUCCAACUUUCAACAAGUGCCCUUAAUUCAAGAUUCAAGGGAAAAUGCCUUCAAAGACCUCAUCCCUUCAGCUACCCAGAGGGAAGCUUCCCUCAGCCCCAGCAGACCUGGAGAGACCAGCUGGAGACUCCACCAACACCAUCAGAAUACUAGAUCACCAGGAGCCCAAAGUGAACCCAGCCCCAGGCAAGGAAUAUUGAUCCAUGAGUCCAACCUUGAUGUAGACUGUCCCAAGCCCUCUGGGGUUGCAGAUAGCAGCAUCUUUGACUACUGCCAGACAAGUGAGAUAGAAUCAGACACUGAGACAGUCCGUAAGUCCGCCGAUGAAGGCGAUGGCGAAUCUACUCACUGGACUGCUGAGGUGGAGGAAGUGCAAGAGGACGAUUUUGGUGAUAGGGGAACUCCUUUGACCCAAGGAGCUGGUCUGAGUAUGCCCACUGGAGCAAGGGGGGUAGAGAAUGGGGAAACAGUGGAAUUGGGAGAGAACCAGAGCAUCACAGGAGACAGUGGCAUAGAUUCUCCACGGACCCGUGUCAGUCUGGCGUCCAGCAACACUGUCAUCCUGGAGGGUCUCAAAAGGAGAGGGUUUUUACAAAAAAUGGAGAAACUGCAUUCAAAGAGCAGUGCCAUUCAACCACAGAGCUCACUGCUUCAGCUUACUCCUGUCAUGAACGUAUAGCAGACCUGAGAACUCUGUGAAGCUUUAUGGAGUUGGAGUUGACAGAUCCCUUCACACAACUCAGUGUGAAAAGGCCAAAACCAUGAGCUUAUAUUUCCAUUUCUAUGCAACUGUUGUUUACUGUUGGAAACAUAUCCAAAAAGGAGGGUCAGCACAUUGUUGCUUACCUCCAGAUCUUGACACUUGAAACAACGUUCUAUGUACAGAUGUACAGAAUAUAUAUUUCUUUUUUGUAAAUAUUUUUUUAAAGUAAUAUGCUAAGAUUUAUCCAUUCGUGGACUACCAUGAAUAUUUGCAGUUAAAUGCAUGUGGUGUUAGACAGCAUUUUUCUGUGAUAUAAAUGUAGUUUCUUUCUCUACAUGCCCUAUUGCUUAAAAAGACCAUAAUAGCAAUAACACGUGUCCUAGCAUUUCCUU